AAUAAAAAAGUAGAAGUUGGCAAAGUCGAAAUGCAUUAAGAGCAAGUGCUUUUUGUUUCGAAUUCAUCUUCUCAAGUGCGAAUUUACUUAUUGUUUGUUUGUGUGUGAGUGUGUGUAACAAAAAAAAAAUGUACAAAAAAUAUUGUGCUACUUGUAAAAUGAUUAAACCUCAGUGCUUAAGUCGGAUUUAUGAUAAUUGUGUCAUUCAUGUCAAACAAUUACAUUUAUCAUCGAGCAGUAGGAAUGGAGGAGGAUCAUGGGCAAGGACACUUUCACCUUCUCAUCCUGCAAUCAAAGAUGUUCAACAGAGAGAUAUCCAUGAAGUUCAAGGAGAAGUUGUUCCUAUUAACAUGGUCAAGGGAAUUGGCCAUCUCAGAGAUCCUCGACUCAACAAGGGUCUGGCUUUCACACUAAAAGAGAGGAUAUCAUUGGGAAUUCAUGGACUUCAACCACCGAGAUUUAAAACGCAGGAGGAACAGCUGGCCCUGUGUAAAGCGUCCGUGAUGAAGUACACAGAAGAUUUGAAUCGAUACCUUUACUUAGUAGAAUUACAGGAGAGGAACGAGAGAUUAUUUUUCCGUCUCGUGAGCGAGAAUAUCGAGCAGAUGAUGCCCAUCGUCUACACGCCAACUGUGGGACUUGCCUGCCAAAAAUUCGGUGUUAUUUAUCGAAGGCCACGUGGACUAUUCAUCACAAUUUAUGACAAGGGACACGUCUAUGAAAUUCUCAACAAUUGGCCAGAACAAGCGGUGCGAGCUAUUUGCGUUACGGAUGGUGAGAGAAUUCUAGGUCUCGGUGAUCUUGGUGCUUGUGGAAUGGGAAUUCCAGUAGGGAAAUUGGCUCUCUAUACGGCUCUAGCUGGAAUUAAACCUCAUCAAUGUCUGCCAAUAACAAUAGACGUGGGAACGAAUAAUGAGCAAUUAAGAAACGAUCCUCAUUAUAUAGGACUCAAUAAGCCCAGAAGUCAAGGUGCUGAAUAUGAUGAAUUAUUAGACGAAUUUAUGGCAGCGUGCGUUCGUAAAUAUGGUCAAAAUGUUCUCAUUCAGUUUGAAGACUUCGGAAACCAUAAUGCCUUCAGAUUUUUAGAUAAAUAUAGAGAUAAAUAUUGUACAUUCAAUGAUGAUAUUCAAGGCACUGCUGCAGUUGCAGUUGCUGGAAUUCUCGCCUCAAAAAGAAUAACGAAGAAAAAAAUGUCAGACAAUAAAUUCGUCUUCCUCGGCGCUGGAGAGGCAGCGAUUGGAAUUGCGGAUCUUUGCGUGAAAGCAUUAGAAGCUGAUGGACUAUCGGAGGCGGAAGCACGUAAUAAAAUUUGGAUGAUGGAUAUCGAUGGCCUAUUAACAACAUCGAGAAAAGAGGGUACAAUGGACGGUCACAAGAUAUGGUAUGCAAAAGAUCAUAGACCAAUAAAAACACUUAUCGAAGUAGUUAAAGAAGUUAAGCCCUCAGUAUUGAUUGGAGCGUCUGCGGCUGCUGGGGCAUUUACUCCUGAAGUUCUACAAGAAAUGGCCAAAAACAAUGAAAGGCCCUUAAUAUUUGCUCUCAGUAAUCCAACGAGCAAAGCAGAAUGUACAGCACAACAGGCUUACGAUUGCACUGAAGGAAGGUGUAUUUUCUCAUCGGGUUCGCCAUUUGGUGAAGUGAAUUAUAAUGGAAAAAUUUAUAAACCCGGACAGGGUAAUAAUGCAUAUAUAUUCCCUGGUGUUGCUUUAGGAGUUAUUGCAACCGGUGUGCAUCAUAUCAUGGAAGAAAUUUUCCUUAUUUCUGCUCAAGUGGUCGCCGAUCACGUAACGGAUGAGGAUCUUGAACGCGGAAGUGUUUACCCUCCUCUAAGUACAAUUAAGGAAUGCUCAAUCGAUAUUGCUGUGAAAAUCGCAGAAUAUGCUUAUGCACAAAAUGGUUUGGCUAGUGAAUAUCCAGAACCAAAGGAUAAAAUGCAAUUUAUAAUGAGCAAAAUGUACAAUGCGAAUUACGACAGUCCUUUGCCUGCAUUUUACGAAUGGCCCGGAGAUGCUGCACAUCCUCGUGUUCUUCCCGAAAAAUUAUAAUGCGUUGGCGAGAUAAAAAAAGAGCAACAAGUAAAAGGGUAACUUUUCAGUUACCAGGCCGUAAAAUAAAUCUAAAACUCUCCAGUUAAGUGUAAUCGCGAUCAUUUUACUGAUAAUGUACUUAUUUAUUGCAAUUGAAAACAACGUUCGAACCACAUUACUCAUUGAAAAUGCGACUAAUGCAAAAUAUAAUAAGUUUAUAACUGUUAUCUGUAUGAGAUGAUUAUUAAUUAUCCAUCUGCGACUUUGGUGUACCAAAUUACAAAGUCCCCACUGUCUCUACUUUGUAAUUAACUUACUAAAUGUCAUAUUAACAAAAAAGAAAAAAAUCUAUAAAUGUUUAUUGAUUCAGAUGUGAUAAUUAGAAAAAAUAGUUGUAGUUGACUGUUAUUGUACAUUUUCAGGAAUUGUAUAGAAACAAAAAAAAUUAACCUAUCACAGGCGCAUUAUAUUUUUCAAUUAUUUUAAUUAAUCGGUUAGGUAACGAUGAUAAUUGUGGCUUCCGAAAUGUUGUUGCACCGACAGUAUUUUUUGUACGUAUUCUGAAAAAGCUAUAGACGCUAUUUUAAUAUAUAAGGUCAAAUCUAAAUCAAAGAGAAAACUUGCAGAUUUUUUUUCAAAAUCAAAGCAAGAACAAGUGAUAAUAAACGACAAAUACAAUUUUUAAUUACCAUCAAUUUAAACGUGUGUAAUAAAAAAAUUUUUUUCUUUGUUACGCGUGACUAAUGUUCACCAAUAAUACAAAUUUAAUUCACGAAAUACAAAAAUCAAACAAAAUUUUGAUCUGAUUAAAAGAGAAUGCACUGUGUUGCUAAAAUUGUAAUCUACUGUUCGAAAUAAACAAUAAUUCAAUUGAA